UAAAUCUAAGCGUAAUCACUUAGAGAUGACUUUUGCUCGAUUGAAUUUCUUCUUUCAACAUUUUCUGAUGUUUGCCACGGCUUUUAAACUCGCACCCCUUGUUUCCUCCAGGUCCCACGCACGUAGACGAAGCUGAGCACCAUGUUGGAGAAGCUCGGCAUGAAAUACGAAGGCCGGCCUCACUGCGGCCUGUGGCGCGUAGCACGGGUUUCAAAAGAAUGCGCGGGACAUCUGGAUGGAAACGAUUCAAGGGUAAAAAUGAAACGAGCCGGUUGUGUCGGCUUCCUUCCCUGCAGGGUCGCAUCACGGGCCAGGGGAGCUACGGGGAGCUGCAGCGCUCCGGCCUGGACGUGUUUUCACUGCUGAGGAAAGACGAGGAGCAGGACUCCGAUAAACUGUCUCUGCACAGUCAGUGGACCAACUCCUCCCACAGCUCCCACAGCAGCCUCCUGCCAGCGGACACCAGCUACUCUGACCAACCUCCUGCGGAAGCGGCUCCAACGCUCGCAGAGGAGAGUCGAGCAGAAGGAAACGUCAACAGCCACAUUUACCUCAAGUACUUCACUGCCGGCUGCAACUCGCUGGUUCUGCUGCUUAUUGUUGUCAUCAAGUCUCUGCGGGCUGUUUUCAUCUCUGUGGAGCUGCUUCUAGUUCACACUGACAGAUAA